AUGACGUCAACUUCUGUUGAAAUUUACAACCGUUUCACGCGUUUGUCCUCAGACAUGAAAUUCGCAUUGGCUGUGCUGUUGAGCCUGGUGGUCAUCUCCAAUCAACAGUUUCAUCAACAACCAACAAACGACAAGCUUCUUUGGCUGUUGACUUAUUACUCUCCACAGCCCACCUUUCGGAAAUACAAUUACCUACUUCCGAACUAUGAUGUCAGCGAAGAUGGAAGGCCUCUACCAUUCUUUAAGCAAUUAACAACUUCAUCAAUAAGCCCGAUUUAUUCACAGGAUAAGGAACCAUAUUUGAAUGCCAUUCAAAAUCCCAAAGCUCUUCAAGAUAAUCAAUUUCCAGACAUUGAAUUGAGAAACAAAUUAGACAAUAGCCGUUACGGGCCGUCGUUUUUGCAACAGACGAAACCGCAAUUCGACCCGCGAGUGGUCAUCAACGUGGCCAGUCGAACUAAUCUUCUCAAUAGGGUGAAAACGAUCACAGUUACGUUCGUCUCGUCUGUGACGUUCACCAGCGUGCAAUCGUGCAUUCCGAGUACCGAGUUUUAUCCCGGUGCGACUGCCGUCACUUGUCGUCGCAAGCGUCGUGAACUUUACGAAUCCCCAGAUGAUCAUUCAGAAGCAAUCCAGCAGUUUGCCAUCAGUCCAUCAAACGUACAACCAAUGGAGCCAACAGUUCUCUCUUCAGUGGAUCCAAUUGCAGUCAAACCUGGAGACAAUGGGACAUUUAAUCAUGGAAUUGCUUCAUCUAAAGAAGAAGACACUCUGGGUGGAUGGCCGAGCGUAACAUCAAGGCCGUUGGGGUACUUUAGAGGCGAAAGAUUGUUCUUUCAUCUUGUGACGACGACGACGGCCAUCAGCUACACGUUCUUGUCGACAACAGUCACGAAAACAGUGAACCUGCUGUACCCGUAUUUUGGGGGACAAUUGGUUUGUCUUCCGCAGGGUUACGCCGUCUGCCCUUAUGUAGCGCAAUACUACGGCUAA